AUGAGUUUGGCCGAGAUCACUAAUGGCGGAAUCACGAGCAGUUUCUUGCGUAGCUCCGAGCUUGCCAAUGACAUGCCGCUCGACAGCGACGUCUUCUCCGUCCCUCCUGGCUACAAUGCCCCCCAACAGGUGCACAUUACGCAAGGAGACAUGGAGGGGAAGGGGGUUAUAGUGUCAUGGACUACACCACACGAGCCCGGCUCCAACACGGUGCUGUAUUGGGCUGACGGCAAAAGCAAGCGGAAGAGUCGUCGUGCUGAAGGGACGGUUCUGCGGUACAAGUAUAUCAAUUACACAUCUGGUUACAUUCACCACUGUAUCAUUGCAGGCUUGGAGUUUGAUACGAAGUACUACUACGAGGUGGGGAUUGGCAGGAUCCCCACGCGGCGAUUCUGGUUCAUAACUCCUCCUAAACCUGGCCCUGAUGUCCCUUACACUUUUGGCCUCAUAGGUGAUCUUGGUCAAACUCCGGAUUCCAACACGACGGUCGACCAUUACAUGUCGAAUCCGAGGAAUCCGAAGGCGAUGCUGUUCGUGGGCGACCUGUCUUACGCCGAUGCUUAUCCUCUGGGCGACAACACGAGGUGGGAUACGUGGGGAAGGUUUACGGAGAGAUUGGUUGCGUACCAACCUGCGAUUUGGUCUGCUGGAAACCACGACAUCGAUUUCCUCCCUCAAUAUGGCGAAACGGUGCCGUUCCAGCCUUAUCUCCAUCGUUACCCAGUCCCGUACCAGGCAGCAGGGAGUACAUCUCCCUUGUGGUACUCUGUGAAGAGGGCUUCCGCCUACAUCAUUGUCCUCUCCAGUUACUCUGCUUAUGGGAAGUACACCCCACAAUACAAGUGGCUAGAAAACGAGUUGACCAAAGUCAACAGGACAGAGACACCGUGGCUCCUAGUCAUCAUGCACGUGGCAUUCUACAGCAGCUACGCCCACCAUUACAUGGAAGGGGAGUCCAUGCGAGUUGUGUUCGAGCCGUUCCUCGUACAGAACAAGGUUGAUGUCGUCUUGGCCGGACAUGUUCACGCUUAUGAGCGCUCUGAACGCAUUUCCAACAUUGCAUACAACGUAACGAAUUCUUUGUGCAGUCCAGUGGACGAUCAUUCCGCUCCCGUCUACAUCACCAUUGGAGAUGGAGGAAACCUCGAAGGAUUGGUCUGGGACUUAAUAGAGCCGCAACCGGGAUAUUCAGCAUUUAGAGAAGCGAGCUUCGGGCAUGGCAUUCUAGACAUAAAGAACAGGACGCAUGCCUUUUUCGGUUGGCAUCGGAAUCAGGACGGUUAUGCUGUGGAAGCUGAUUCUUUGUGGCUGCUCAACAGGUUCUGGAAUCCUUUGCCGGAAUCGCGCGCCGCCUCAGCUUGA